UUUUUUAGGGGAUUAUUUUCAGAGUUGUCAAAAUAUCGGAAAUAUUUUUAUUUUGCAAUUGUUUCUACGCCUUUUCAUUAAAAAGUAACAUUUUAAGAGCCGGUUUCAAAAAGAAAGGCUUACUAUUUUAUAAUAAAAACUAUGCCAGUAGAAGAAGCAAAUGAGAGCAAGGCGCAAAAAUUGGCUGCCGCACGGAAAAAGCUAAAGGAAUAUCAGAAACGCGCCGCUGUAGAUAAUGUGGCUUCCAAUGUCGCAACAGCUUCAUCUACAGAAUCGCAUGCAAGUAGUAUUGCCGGAGGCAGUAUAUCGAGCAACAUAUCUGAAGCUUCAGAUUGUGAUCUAUCCAAUAACGGCCACGACAGUGUGAACACAAAUGUGGCAUCUGCCGUGGCCAACAUAGUUACUGCAGAGAAUUCAGGGGAACCUAUUGCAGUAACAUCAAUAGCAAAUGAAAAUGUCGUAACUGCCGUUCCAGCAGUAUCUUCACCCGCACCGCCCACUGCCGCUAGUUACUUCCAAGCGCCAGCGGCGCAAGGCACGCCAACAACAAUAUUAGAUAGCUUUGCUACACAGCACGGUGCGUCAACUGCUGUUACUGCGGUUAAAGAAGUAGCCGCUAAUCCAGUACAGCCUCAAAAUGUCAACGCAAUUCAAGUGCUUAUAACUGAGAAAGCUACGCUGACAACAGAAUUGAAUAAAUAUCGUUGCCUCUGCCGUGAACGAGAAUUGGAAGCGGAAGAAUUGCGUACACAGCUGGAUGCAAUAACAAGACGCCAAGACGAAGUGUUGAAUCGUUAUCAAACACAGCAACAAAACUUGGAACAAUUACGUAGUGCAAACGCUGAGUUGCAAAAUAAAUUGGCACAAGCGAAUGCAAAACAAGAGGAUCAAUCGGCUCAUCUGGAUGAACUGAAAAGGCUGUUAGAUGUAAUGCAGCAACGUGCUACCGAUGUUGAACAUCAGUUCAAAGAAAAGUCAAAUGAAUUGGAAAUGGCGCAGCUGCGCAUACGUCAGUUGUCGGAUGAAGCGAAUAUUAACCAAGACGACAAUCGUAUAGAGACCUUGACGCAGACGCAAUUUAUGUACGAGCAACAGAUUAGAGACUUACAAGCUAUGGUGCAACAAUUGACGUAUGACAAAGAACAAGCGAACAAUCAGUACCAAAGCUACGUGCAACAUCUGAAUGCAGAGAUAAGUACCUUAAGUGAAAAGAAUACAGAAUUAAUGGAUGAGUACACGAAACAGCAGGAACGCGAACGCCAACUGGUUGAUCACAUAAGUGCACUUGAGAAGGAUAUACAGAAGAACCUGAGUCGGCAGGAUCAGCUGAAAAAAGAGAAAGAACAGGCAACCAACCAAAGCACUGAGAAGCGCAACGGAGAAGUAGAAAAAUUAAAGGAACAAAUAAAUGAUUUUGAAUUGGAACGACAUGAAUUCCAACUAAAAAUUAAGUCACAAGAAGAUCGUCUAGAAAAGCUAAACGGUGAAUUGCAGGAGAAACAAAGAAAACUGGAAGAAAUGGAAGAGUAUAUGCACAAUUAUGCUGCCGAACAGCCAGACAAAACAAAGUUGCUAGCCACAAUGGAAUCCGAUAAAAUUGCCGCUUCGCGUGCACUUACCCAAAACGUCGAAUUAAAGAAGCAACUGGACGAGUUGGAGCUUCGUUUUGUACAAUUGACAAAUGACAAAGCAGAUUUAGUGAACAAAUUGGACGCGGAAGAGCAUGCCAAUCGCGAAAUGCGCGCAAACUAUACUGAAAUGGAGGAACAAUUACGUAGUAUAGAUGAGCGUUUCAAAUUUAAGGAUGAGGAAAUGAUACGACUUUCACACGAAAAUAUGGAGCUAACGAAUCAAGCGGUAGAGUUGCAGAAACAACUUGAAUACUAUCUCAAUCAUAGGACUGGCAGCGAGGAUUUAGCAUCAGCAGGUUAUCACCUUGAAGAAUUCAAUAAGGAGGACCAUAUACACGAGCAUCGACACGAGCACGGCGAUCAUUUCGACAGUGAUAAUGAAACAAAAGAAAAUAAACACAACGGGUGUGAUGGCGAACAUGAACACGAACAUUACCAUGAUCAUGCACACGGACAAAGUCGCGCUCAUGAACAUAGAGAUGAUCACGAAUACACCCAACAUCAUCAGCACCAGCAUGAACCAAAGCAUGUAAAAAAGUUUUCCAACAGCAGCAGCAAUACAAGCACUCCACAUCUGCCUACCGAUGAAGCGGUUGGGAAAUUGGAGAAACGUUUUACGCGCCUUAUGUCACAAGUGGCCGAUCUGACCGAUGAGAAGCAACGCUUGGAGCAUUUAGUGCUGCAGCUGCAAGGUGAAACUGAGACCAUUGGCGAAUAUAUUACGCUGUAUCAGACACAACGGCGCAUGCUGAAACAGCGCGAAUACGAGAAGGCUGCACAAAUGCAGUUGUUACAGCGCGAACGUGAGCAAUUGCGCGAAAGAAUCGCUUUGCUGAAUAACCUAGUGAGCAGUCUUAGUGCCGAUCUGCCACAGCGCAUGCCAAUAACGGAGCAUUUUAAUGCGAUUGCAGUGGAUAGCAAUGCCAACGCGGCUAAAGAUGCUGAGGGUGUGGCCACAACACCAUUGAUUGCCGAAGCCAGCGAAGCCCUUGAGGAGCAGCAAACACAACAACAGGAGCUAUGCAACCCUGCUGAGGCGCAAGCCAAUGAGAAACUGACUGCGUCCGAAUCGCGGCAGAUACUCUCGAAAAUUCAGGAUAUCAUUUCAGAAAUAAAUGAGAAUACACAACACAUUCCUGAUGUUGCUGCGACACAAACCGCGGAUCAUCUGAAAUGUUGUCUUGGCAAAAUUGAAGUUGUCUAGAGAACUCUUGAUUAUAGCUAGCAGGUAUGCGCAUUUGUUUAUAUAUGUCUACAUAUGUAUGUGCAUGCUGAGGAGUGGCAAAUAUGUAAGGAUAUAUGUUACUUGUAUUAUUUUGUAUGUUAGCCGACUUAUUGAGCUUUUAUGUAACGCUUUGUUAUGCUAUGUAUAUUAAUAUGCCUUGGAGCGAUCUAAAAAAAUUGAACGAUUUCAACUUUUUACAGUUAGUUACAAUGUUGAAAUAAAUUUUAAAUAAAAUAA